AUGCACAGUAUGAGGUACGAAGUGACGCCACGGAGUUCCCUUCGGGUGGUGGUGCGCUGUCGCCCGCUCCUGUCCGGGGAGCGGGGCCACAAGUGCUCACGCGUUGUGUUGGAUGCAGACUGCGGCAAGGUGCUCGUGGCCGGCAAGAACCAGGAGAAUGCACGAUGCUUUACCUUUGAUCGCGUCUUUGCGCAGGAUUCGCAGCAGGAGGACAUCAUGGACGAAGUUGCACCGCUGAUAAAGCAUGUCCUGGAUGGGCUUCAUGCGACAGUGUUUGCUUACGGCCAGACGGGCAGUGGAAAGACGUACACUGUGGAGGGCAUCGAGUACAUGCGAAACGGCGGUGAUAGUUUUCAGCCAAAUAUCAAAACAGAUCCCCAGCAGCACGGCAUUAUUCCCCGCGCUAUUCAGCUCAUUUUUGACCGCGCACGCCAGAUGCAGUCACAAAACAAUCACGUGCAGUUCCAGCUCAGGUGUAGUUUCUACCAGAUAUACAAUGAGCGCGUGACAGACCUACUGAAUCCGUCUACCACGCAGGCUUUGGGCGCAGGGCUGAAAAUUGGUUGGCACCGUGGCGAUGUAUUCAAUGUGGAGAAUCUUUUCCUCUGUGAGUGUGAUCAGCCGGAGAAGAUGCGUCGUAUGUUCUUUACUGGUGCGAAGCAGAAAGCAAUGUCGAGCCACGCCAUGAACCAGCAGUCGUCACGCUCACACUGUGUCUUCACCAUUUACGUCACUCGCUGGGACCCUGACACACCGGAGAGCUCUAUCCAGUCGGAGUUGUCUAUUGUGGACCUUGCCGGGUCCGAGAGGCUCACAAUGCUUACCGGGUAUUCACCGACUAUUCCGCGAGAAUCUAUUGACAUCAACACGUCGCUUCUCACAUUAGGCAAAGUGUUCACCGCCAUCGCCAGCAGUUCAAGGCGAAAAUCAAAGAAUGGGGAGGCGCAGGAUCGCUCGCACGUCCCAUACCGUGACAGUAAACUGACAAAGCUGCUGAAGCACGCACUGGGUGGAAAUUCACUUACCAUCAUGCUGGCAUGCAUUAAUCCCUCGGACCGCUACGUGGAUGAGACACUCUCGACUCUCCUUUAUGCGGGCAGGGCACGCAAAAUUACGAAUGUUCCGCGCGUGAAUGAAGACUCGAAGACUGCAAUCAUCCGGCAGCUUCGCGCGGAAGUGGCCAGCAUGAAGAAGGAGCUAGAAUACUACAGAGAAUUGGCUGCUGGAGGCAAUCUCAGCGAUAUGUGGUCCUGA